AUGAACAUGUCCGACCUCAAUCUGACUGCUGUUCUCUAUGAACAAGAUGAUUUGCGGAUGGAGGAGCGGCCGAUUCCAGAACCUGGUCCUGGAGAGGUUCAGCUGAAGAUGCAGCAAGUAGGAAUCUGUGGGUCUGAUGUUCAUUACUGGACUCAUGGACGCAUUGGUGACUUCAUUGUCAAAGCACCAAUGGUUUUGGGACAUGAGGCAAGUGCUGUGGUUAGCAAACUUGGACCAGGUGUUACAAGCCUUAAAGUUGGAGACAGAGUUGCCAUUGAGCCAGGUGUUCCAUGCCGGGUAUGCAAUUACUGCAAAACAGGAAGAUACAAUUUGUGCCUGGAAAUGAAGUUCUGUGCUACUCCCCCAUAUGAUGGAAAUCUGGCUCGCUAUUAUGUCCAUGCUGCUGAUUUUUGCUUCAAACUUCCUGACCAUGUCUCAUUUGAGGAAGGAGCCUUGCUUGAGCCCCUAUCAGUGGGAGUUCAUGCCACAAACAGAGCAGGUGUUGGAUUAGGACACACGGUCUUAGUGUGUGGAGCAGGUCCCAUUGGCUUAGUCAAUAUUUUGACUGCCAAAGCUAAAGGAGCUUCUACUGUCAUCGUCACAGACAUUGAUGAAGCAAGACUGAAAGUAGCCAAAGAGAUUGGUGCUGACCAUGUGGUGAAAGUAAGCAGUAGAGAUGCACGAGUCACAGCUCAAGCUAUAGAGGACGCAUUGGGUGACAAAGCAGAUAUCAGCAUAGAGUGCAGUGGUGCAGCUCCAAGUAUCCAGGCAGCAAUUUAUGCCACAAAAUCAGGAGGUGUUGUUGUGCUGGUUGGACUGGGCCAGGAAAUUGUUGAGCUACCUGUUGUGAAUGCUGGUGUGCGGGAGGUAGACAUCAGGGGCAUUUUUAGAUAUGCAAACUGUUAUCCGACUGCUCUGGCUAUGGUGGCUUCUGGAAGGGUUAAUGUGAAAUCUUUAGUCACCCAUCGAUUCCAGUUGGAGGAUUCAGUCAAAGCUUUUGAAGCAGCAAAGAGAGGCGAAGGCAUCAAGAUUAUGAUUGAAUGUGGUCGUUAA